AAUUGCUUUUCACCUGUCAGUUUUAUUGAUAUAAAUGAAAAUAAACAAAUAAUAUUCAAAAAAUAUGUGAAUUUUAUGUAAAUUAUUUAAAAAUCAUUAAAUUUAACUUUAAGUGAAAUAUCGUGUAACAAUGAAUUUAAAUGCAUGUGAAGGCUGUUUGAGUAUAAAUCGUAGCUUGAAAACUGUGGAUGAAAAUGAAAGAAAAUUAUUCUACAGUUUUAUUAAUAUUAACUACUGUAAAACUCGUUUAGAAUUAUGCUGGGAGUGUCGCGCUUUGUUGAAGAAAUUUUUAAGGUUCAAGGAUCAAGUCCGACAAGCUCACGACGUCCUAGUCAGUUAUAUGCUACAUCAUACGACAUUAACGUCUUUAUCAAGUCUUCAGACAUCUGAGUGCAAGAAAGAAAUAAUACACAGUCCAGAUUGUGGACAAGAGACUCCAUUGUUAACGUUUAUCAAGGUUGAAGAUAAGGACGGUCACGACUUGAGUGAUGUUGGGAACUCGUUUGAUGAUGACGAUGAUGAUAAGGAGGGGGCUUUGAUGAUAGAUCUGAAAACAGAUCCAAUUAAAAAUGAUACCAUUGAAAAUGAAAAUAAGACUGAUGAGAAAUUCGCCGAUUCCGACGAUGAACCCCUGAACAUCAUCAAAGAAGAAAAGAGAAAGUCCAAGGUCAAGAGGAGAGUUGGUGGAAAUGAUAAGGUGACCAGUUCCGGUAAGCGAGAGAAGUCCCCGGGAGUGGUUAGAAAUGCCAGGGUGAUCAAGAAGCUGCAGCAGCUGAACGUCAGCAGUGACCUCCUCCACAUGGUGGUACUCAGCUGGGACGAGGUGGAGGCGGAGCGCCAGCAGGCACUCCAGAGCGAGUCGUUCACGCGGCACCAGUACCGCUGUUACGACUGCGCGGUCGGCUUCAACCACCGCUGCAAGCUGCUGGACCACAUGCGCAAGCACGACCCGUCUGCUGGCAGUGCGGAGUGUAGCGUGUGUCGUAUCCGUUGCAGAGACAACCACGCGCUCGCCGCGCACCGGAGGAGACAUCGAGUGCGGUGGCGCUGCUCGCGGUGCGGGCUGGGCUGGUCGCGCGCGGCCGUGUGCGCCGACCACGUGGCGCGCGCGCACGGCGCCGCCGCGCCCACGCACACGUGCUCCGUGUGCGGCCGCGUGGAGGCGUCUUUAGGUAAACUGCGGAACCACAUCAAGAAUCACUCGGAGCGUCAGAAAUGUGAACUUUGCGGGAAGACCUUCAGAGACAGGACCUCAUUGAGGACCCAUCUAUUUAUACACAAGGGCGAGAAGGAGUACGAAUGUCCGCGCUGCGGUAAGAAGUUCCUCUUCAAGAAGGCGAUGGAAAUUCAUCUCGUGACCCAUGAUGAGUCCGCGCAUCUUUACUGCCAUCAGUGCGACAUGAACUUCAAGAACCGCAUGUCGUACAACCAGCACAUCAAGUACAACCUCAAACACAUCGACCCCGCCAAGCUCAAAUACGCGUGCCAGCUGUGCGAUAAGAAGUUCGCGAAGGCGAACCGUCUCGACGAGCACAAUUUGGCGGUUCAUCUGAAGGUCACCCCCAUCACGUGCCCUGUUCCGGGGUGUAACUUUGCGUGCUCGUCCCGGCCCGUGCUGCGCACGCACACGCGCACGCUGCACCGCGGGGCGCGCCGCCGCGACCACGUGUGCGACGUGUGCGGGAAGACGUACACCACUAAGAAAAGUCUCGAAGGUCACCUAAGAACACACACAGGGGAGAGGCCUUUCCGUUGUGACAAGUGCCCUUCGACCUUUGGAUACGAAGCGGCGCUCUACAACCACAACAAGCUAGUGCAUUUGAAGCCUAAGUGUGGACGAAACCGAGCGCCGGUGCCGACGCAGACCUCGACGGAUCUCACUUGACAUUAAUUAUAUUAUAAUAAAAAUAUAACUCAAA